AUGGCAUCCACUGUCAAAGACACCGCUAGCAACGCUGCCGUCUCCGCACAGCACGCAACCAAAUCCGCCAUUGAUAAUCCCGCAGAUUUCCUGCACCACCCCUACACCCGCACCGCCCUCCCCUUCCUGAACGGCGGACUAGCCGGCAUGACCGCCACAGCUGUAAUCCAGCCCGUCGACAUGGUGAAGGUCCGCCUGCAGCUCGCCGGCGAAGGAGGCCGCACCGGACCCCGUCCCUCCGCCCUCGGCAUCACCCGCGACAUCAUUGCCUCGGGCAAAGUCCUCGACCUGUACACGGGCCUGUCGGCCGGAAUCCUCCGCCAAGCAGUCUACACCACGGCGCGCCUGGGCUUCUUCGAAACCUUCAUCAAGAAGCUCAAUGCGCGCGCCGAGGCCGCAAACCGCAAAGUCACAUUCGCUGAACGUGCCGCGGCAGGACUAACCGCCGGCGGAAUCGCAGCUAUGAUUGGAAACCCGGCUGACCUGGCCCUGGUGCGCAUGCAGUCCGACGGCCUGAAGGCUCCCGAGGCUCGCGCGAACUACCGUUCCGUCUUCGAUGCUCUCGGUCGUAUUACUCGUGCCGAGGGACUCGCUGCUUUGUGGGCGGGUGCUUCGCCUACGGUUGUUCGUGCUAUGGCUCUUAAUAUGGGUCAACUGACUUUCUUUGCCGAGGCUAAGCAGCAGCUUAAGCAGCAUACUUCUCUGUCGACUCAGAAUCAGACGUUCGCUGCUUCUGGUAUUGCGGGAUUCUUUGCUAGUUUCUUGUCUCUGCCGUUCGAUUUCAUCAAGACUCGUCUUCAGAAGCAGCAGAAGGAUCCUAGGACCGGUCUGCUUCCUUAUAGGGGUUUGAUUGAUUGCGCGCGCAAAGUUGUCAAGGAAGAGGGUUGGAUGCGCUUCUAUCGUGGUUUCGGAACUUACUACGUUCGGAUCGCUCCUCAUGCAAUGGUCACGCUCAUCGUGGCUGAUUAUCUCAACCUUCUCACCAAGUAA